UCACAACCACAAGUCCAACAACAACCACAAAGCAAAAGACUUUCUAAGAAACUCCAGAAACAUCCAUUAACACAUAUGGCGAAAGACGUGGAAGGACCUGAGGGAUUUCAGACGAGGGACUACGAAGAUCCUCCGCCUACUCCGUUUUUCGACGCGGAGGAGCUUACCAAGUGGUCUUUGUACAGAGCAGUCAUCGCCGAGUUCGUAGCUACUCUCCUCUUCUUAUACGUCACCGUUUUGACUGUCAUCGGUUACAAGAUUCAGUCCGACACAAAAGCCGGUGGAGUUGACUGUGGCGGCGUUGGAAUUCUUGGCAUCGCGUGGGCUUUUGGUGGCAUGAUCUUCAUUCUUGUCUACUGCACCGCUGGUAUCUCAGGUGGUCACAUAAACCCGGCGGUGACAUUCGGAUUGUUCUUGGCUCGGAAGGUGUCGCUGAUUAGGGCGGUGCUUUACAUGGUGGCUCAGUGUUUGGGUGCUAUUUGUGGAGUUGGUUUCGUCAAAGCUUUUCAAAGCUCUCACUAUGUUUAUUACGGUGGUGGAGCCAACUUUCUAGCUGACGGCUACAACACAGGCACCGGACUCGCCGCAGAGAUCAUCGGAACAUUCGUGCUCGUCUACACAGUCUUCUCCGCCACUGAUCCCAAACGCAACGCUAGAGACUCCCACGUUCCGGUGUUGGCGCCACUUCCGAUUGGGUUUGCUGUGUUUAUGGUACAUUUGGCCACUAUUCCGAUCACCGGAACCGGUAUCAACCCGGCCAGGAGUUUCGGAGCCGCCGUAAUCUUUAACAAGAGCAAGCCAUGGGAUGACCACUGGAUAUUCUGGGUGGGACCAUUCAUUGGAGCUGCGAUAGCUGCAUUUUAUCACCAAUUUGUCCUCAGGGCCUCAGGUUCCAAGUCCCUCGGUUCCUUCAGAAGUGCAGCCAACGUUUGAACUUAGCCACAAACCAAAAAAAGUAUGGCUAUAAUUAUGUAGAAAUUGGGCACACGAUUUUAUAACAUGCCCUCUUCUCCACUAUCUUUUGUAGCUUUGUUCUUCCUAUUUUCUGCUUAUAUUUGUGUGAUUCCUUAUCAAUCAAGUGAAAUGUUUUCA